CUUCAGCAGCACGUCCGACUAACCGGGCUGGGGUGCGACGCGUUCAAGGAGACGACAGAUACCAUUCUGGAAGCACAACUCAUCUUCGAGAGGCAAUUACAAGCAGGUGUAUUCGAGAAGUGGACGCCCGAUAACACAGACGACUUUCUAGGCAUAGACAUUAGUAACCGUUAUCUCGAAAACAGGAAGUCAUAUCCUCAAGAGGAAGCUGCUUUUGAAAAAGGGGUCGAUCCUCGAGAUAUCCUAGCGACAGCAUGCAGCAAGAGGAAUCUGAUCCAUACUGAAGACAACAAGGUCAGAUUUUACACGAGCGCAAUAGACGAAGGAGAG